ACCAUUAUUUUCUAGGCCAUUUUGUUCACAUGUUAACGGGCGCUCCUUGUCAAUUCUUCGGUUGCACUACGUAGGAUUAUAUGCUGCCUGAUACACUUCUAAAAACUAUGGGCGAUUGCCAUGAUGAUAAAAACAAUAGCGACGCAAGACUUCGGCUGAACGACAGUUUCGACAAUCGUUCGUCAGACGCAUAUCACAGCCAUCGCCACAGCAGGGGUAAUAGCUCUACGUGUCAUAGCUACCGCCAUAGUAACAGGGGCGGUAGUUUUUCAGCGCACCACAAUGAAUCUCAUUUUAGUCACUACGAGUGUAGAGAUGGUGACCGCCAUGCUGAGGACAGAGUGCGCUUUCCUGAAGAAGGUUUUUCAAGAAGUGACAGAGACCGCUAUAUUGAGACUCGCGAACGCUACAGCAAUAGGAAGCCUCGAGACAGGUAUUGCGAAGAGCGAGACCGCUACGGCAAUAGGGAUGAUUAUUUUGACCAUGAUAGCUUCAACGGCAAAGGGGGGGGAGACAAUAAAAAUAACGACAGGCAUCACGACUAUCAUUACAGAAACAUUAGAAAGAAGCCGACUGUUUACGAUGACUUAGAUUUUCCGUCGUCUAUUCUUUGUUUAUCGAAUGUAUCUGCUGAGACAAACGAAGAUAAAAUCUGCGAUUUACUCAAAGUAUUUGGUCCAGUAGAAGAAGUCAAAAGAGUUUUCGAAAAUGGCAAAUUACAGGACAAAGUUGUCGUUCACUUUUCGUCUUUGAGCCAAGCCUCUUCAAUGUACAGCCUCCUUACUUCGGCCAAUCCCCCAUUUGAAAUAUGUGGACAGAUCCCGAAAAUCAGCUAUUGCCAUCCGUCCUCCAGCGACCAUCACUCAGAACCUAAAAGGGAGCGACCUGCCUACCGAAACGUCUGGAUAUGUCUCAACUGCAACGCAGACAACUACUCGAACCGCGAUUCUUGCUUUUCUUGCGGCGUUCCGAAAAAAAACAACGUCAAGUUUUCUUUCAACAGUGAUCGGUUGCCAUACAAUGCAGCGAAAAAUACAGACAAAUGGAAGGAGUUUCCUGCGGGUCACAAGGAAUAUUUCUCUCCUGCGGCCAAAUCUCCCCAAACUGAAACAAAGAUAUUGGUUCGAGGACUUCCGCGCGAUUACGCGGACGGGGAGAUGCAAAAGGUCAUACACUCCACCUUGUCUAUUCCGCACAACGUUAAAAUUUUUAGCUCGGUUCAUGUCUCAAGGGAGCAUGUUUCUAAUGCCUGCUCCGGAUACGCAAUAUUAAAUUUUUUGGACAAUCAACUCGCGGAGGACCUGAUGAACAAAACGUCUGGAAAAAUUUAUCUUAAUGGCGACACACUUACAUUGGUUCUACUGAAUGACGCCAACAAGAGUUCAACCGGUUCAUCCGACUUUAACAAGCAAUCACCCGAUAAUACUCUGGGGCAAGGAAUGACUAUUGGACAGCCAUUGGAGGGGCAAAACUUGAAUAUCAACCACACUACUUACGCGCCGUCUGAAAAAUGGAACAACGUUGUUCCGUUCAGUCCCACUGGAAGCAAUUUCGUCUAUGAUAAAGAUUUUGGUUACCUGCUCGAAACCAAGUCUGGUUUAUACUUCGAACCCAAUUCUGGGUUAUUUUUCAACCCUUCAUUGGGGCUGUAUUUUUAUUUUGACCCAUCUUCUGACUCUUUCAAGCCAUGGAUUGGCUUCAGCCAGCCCGUUCCGGUCACCUCAAGCGAAGAAGCAGAAGCGGACGCAACCAAAAGCGCGCCACCAACAGAUGCUACGUCUCAAUCGGCGAGUUCCGUUGCGACAUCAGAAACGAUUCCCGCUGAAGCUAGUCCCGAAGAUAAACCAUCCGCGACUCUCGAUCAAGUAUCAUCUGAAUCGUCCAAGACCUUGUCUGCGCCGGUUUCAUUCAACUUGAAGGUGAUGCUUAGCAGCAAACCUAUUUUUUCAACCCCGAAGGUCGCUGCCAUUUUUUCCAAAAAUCGCGACCCUCUUAUCACAUCCAAAUCCAGCCGGCCUCCCUCUCCUCCAAGGAGGUAUUUUCCUUCCACGGCAUCACGGUCUUCUGCGGUUGCACCCCCUCAGCAGGCCCCGCCGCCCGCCACUGCUUCUCCUGUGCAACAGCAGCCUAUCCAUACCAAAGGCACGAUAUGCCUGAUAUGCAAGCGUCAGUUGAACUCAAUGGAGCUGCUCGAACGCCACAUCAAGGAAUCCGAGCUUCACAAGAAAAACCUUGCCGCCCUGCAGCCUUCAAACUUGGAACCGGUUUCGGCAAAAGCGGAAUCCGAGACCUAUCAACACAAUACUUCUAAACGAAGUCGCGAAUCGAUAAAUUCGUACACGCAAAAAUCGAAGGCGAACGUAUCAGACGCGUAUUCAGAUGCAAAUGACGAGGAACACAUUCAACUGGAAGAGCCUCAUUUACUCAGAACAACGCCACUACUACCAGAGGAACCUAAAGAAAAUUUCAGUAUUGGCCUUCGCAUGAUGCAGAAAAUGGGCUAUACCGGAGGUGGUCUUGGAAAGAGGGAAUCUGGCACGGUUAACCCAAUGCAGGUUUUAAGGAGAAGCGACAGAGCAGGGCUACCUAAUGGAGAGCAAAUCGAAAGACAAAUUUCCAAAGUAGAGUCGUAUGCCCAGGCUGCUAAAAGGACUUUUCAAGCUAGGUGGGAAGAAAUCCAACGAGAAAAACGAAAUAAGUGAUGUUGCUGUAAAAAACUAAAAUAUUUUUAAAUUUAAUAUAUUUACACCGUCUCUCUGACACUUUUUUGCCCUCCUCCUAUAUGAACGAUUCAACGGCUAUUUCGUAGCCCGGGAAGACAGUCGCUCUUUACGCAUUUUUGAACAGAGAAUCUAGAUCUGGAUAGCAGACCAUACGUCUGCUCACAUCACCUAAUUGGUAGUAUUUUUUCUGAUCAAUAGAGAUAGCUACGAUUUCUUGUAAAAAGUUGCAAGUCACGCCUGCCGAAACGUCGAACAAAACAUUUCCUAUUUUUAGCUUUACCUUACCCGAUUUGUGAAUUUGCAACUUUCCAAUUUUUCCUGAAGGAAUCCGCGAGAGCGAGUCUCUAAGGUUUACAUCUUCAUCUCGAUUCGAUGUCGCUAUUUCCUGGCUGGUGUUUAAUCCUAUAGGUAAGACUGAUGGUAUUUGAAUAAAAAAUAUUUGAUCUGUGCCCUCGUAA